GUAUUCACCCUGCAUUGUGGGUGGAUAUUGGACGGAGAUUGGAUGGAUUUUUAAUGUGUCUGCGGACUGGACUGCAGAAGAUGCGUAGUUGUUGGGAAUGAAUAUGGAGUCAAGGGCACCAUCCUGGGGGGCACCAUCAACCAGUAUGAUGGGGUUUUCAGGUAAACACGAACCAGAGUGAGUGUGUGUGCAGGGUCAUGGUGAUGUGGAGCCCCCAGGGUGUGUAAAGUCACAAUUCAAGCCACCCCUGGGGUCAGCAGCAUCUUGUUCUGUCAGGUAUACAACUCUUACAUUGUUGUCUUAACAAUGCAGUGCUGCGAAACUACAAAGCACUUUGUCACCAAAGGUUCUUUACUAAUAUGUACAGGUAAAAAGUCACUAUAUCAGUUGUUCACUAUAUGUUUACUGUCUGUGCAGGACCUGUGAAAUUUCAUAUGCAUUCAUGUGUUCCCUUUGGGAUGGAUGUUGUGAUUUCAGAGGAUCAUGGAGCUCGAGUCCAGUGCUGAACCUCCUAUAUUCUUGUAAUUGGGCAACGAGCAACAGUGCAGAUACCAGGGCAGAGAGGUGCAGACAUUACAAUGUGCGCAGGAUCAGCGAUGGUCCCAUGAGGGACUGCGAGAAGGAUGUACGCAACAAGACCACCAUGCGCUUCCACCCCGAGUCGACGCAACAUGACCCCACUGCUAGCAACGAACCAGACACCCUCAUGGUGGUCAUACCCUUCAAGCCAAUAGACCUGAUCUGGCUUAGGAAAAUCCUGUUUGAUGAGAAGAGGUCCAGUCAAAAACAAAUAAUUCUGUUCAUGAUGUCUCCUUCGCGGCAAAGGCUUUGAAGAGACUGGAGGACUCUGGUGCGAUCCUCACUGAUAGAUGUGUUCCAGGCUCCCACCACGGACUAGGAGACAUAUGUAAUGAUGAUGCUUUUUAUGAAAUGAUGUUUUUUUGCCCUUUGCAAAAAUAUGAGGGCUGAUACAUUGGGAUGUGUGUCCAAU